CUUUCAAUUAACAUUGAAGUAUUGUUGAUCAAACGUCGAGGAUGACAAAAAUUAUGAAAAACACAUCUUAGAUUAAUUGGCUUGAUGAUAUAAUAUGUACCGAUGGCGGUAGUAAAAAAAGAUUCACUAACUGUUGUUCCGGCAAGUUCUAUCACAGUUGUACAAAAGAAGAAACCACAGAAAAUAUUGGAUGAAGACACAUAUACACAGGAUGUAGAAAAUAUCAUAGAAAAAGACUUUUUCCCAGAUCUGCCGGAUUUAAAAUCGAAAGGAGAGUACUUUGAAGCAUUGGAGAAAAAUGACCUUGUGAAGUUGCGAAAAUUUCAGCUGAAAUUUACUGGCGGAAGACCCACCACAAACCGAACAGAGUGUAAUUCACCUGCAACAUUUGAGACACCAGAUAUCAGACAGGAAGAGGAGUCAUCUAAAAAUGCCCAUAAAGAAAAAUGUACUGAAGAGACUGAGGAAAAGGAAGGCAACAAAAAGCAGCCAAACCUUUCCCUGGAUGCCUAUAUGUCUAAGAACACCAGUGAAGACAAUGCUUCUUUCGCUGAGAUUCUAGAGGAGACACAGCAGAAACACAGGGAAAAGCAUGCCUGGCUCUACGAAAACGAAAGUAGCCGAAAGCAAGAAGAGGAGAAAAGAAUGGCUUUGCCGAAUAUUGAACAGCAGGCAGCCAUUGAAGCUCCACAGGCCGGAGUUGAUAGCUGGAAGUACCAGGCUCGUAACUCUCUCAUGUAUGUCCCUGAAGGUGCUGACUUUAGUGCACAAGAAAUCAUUGAUGCCCAGAAGAAGAAGCCCAGGAAAAUAGUUCAUGAGAACACCCGCUUCACUCAGUAUCCGUGGAACAAAAACAAGAAUCAGAACCUUAUAAAGGAAGCCGCCUCAGCCAAGGCUAUCAUUAACCACGGGAAGAUUGGACAUGAUGGUAAAGAGAUUCUUCCAGCGGAGUCACCUCGGGUCAAUGGCUACGGGUUUUUGGCAACUCCCUCCCCUGCCCCUGGGGUAGAUGAAUCCCCCCUUAUGACUUGGGGAGAAAUCGAAAGCACUCCUUUUCGGUUGGAGGGAGGUGAAACUCCAUUGGUUGGAUCUGGACCAGGAUUUAAGAUUCCAGAAAUACCUGCCAGAGAUCAGUUGGCCAUGGAUCUAGCAGAAAAAGCCAGUAAAUCUCACCGAGACAAGAAGGAGAAAGCUCUCAAAAGUGUGCAGGCCAGAUUAGCAUCGCCAUUUUCCCCAAAGUUUGGGCGGAGCACUUCAGACAGAAUAAGCUCCAUGUCCCCCGCUGCUCAGAAGCUUGCUCACUCGCGGCUUGGGAUCCGGUCAAGCACAGACAAGGCCCUGCGAGCCAGCUACACCCCCUCUCCCUCCCACACGCUCCCUGGGAGUAAGACACCCAUCAGCCUCACCCCUAGUGGCACCCCCAAGAGUAGCACUCCCUCUGUGAAAGGAACCCCCGGCAGCAAGAGGGGGGUAGGGGAUGUUCAAUCACUCACAGACAAUCUCCUGCAGAUUCCCAAACGACCCAAAGCGGCCGAUUUCUUCGAGUGAUUCGGGCUCUGUGCUGGGAUGUAUAACCCUGCACAUUGUAUCAACACAGAAAUGCUGGUGUAUUGUGAUGAUGAUUUUGUAGAAAAUAUUGUGUUCACUGGGCAGAGACAACAGAAAAAGUUCAUUUCACUUUUAAAAUUUUAUACAUGAACAUUGAAAUGGAAAAGAUCUGUCAAAAUUCACUAGAUCGGGACUGUAAAUAAAUAUGAAAGGAAUGAUUUAUGAUAUGAAUCAUCACCCAAACCGUAUCGUGAUUUAUGAUAGAAUCAUCACCCAAACCGUAUCGUGACUAAAGACUAAUGUGUUUGUCUUUCAGAAUUUGCAUUAUAUUAUUAUAUAAAUCAUAUUGUGAUAUGCUAAUAGAAAGACGGAGGUAUAGCUGUGCAUGAGGAAUAGGACAUAUAUGGAUGAUAUGUUGUAUUGAAACCUCAGUAAACAUUGAACACCUUCAUUCACCAUGUGACAUUUGAUGACUUUUUAAGAGAAUUAAAUAUUCAAACCUUUCA